CCGCAGUGUCAGCUAAGUCGUUGCUGGCUGUGUUCUCGCGAAACUCUUCUUUCGCCUCGAAGAUGGGCUUUGAAAGAGGACGCACUCAAGCGGGGGUCGAAUCGCUGCGAGUGUAGCGUACAGCGGACGCAUAGUUUUCUGAACAAACGCCGCCCAGUUCUGUUGAUGUGGCCGACGCUGGACUUCUCGGCAAUGUGCCGCUCGCCCUCUCUUUCUCUCGGUGGCUGCACACCACCAGCGCAUUGGUUAGCCGGCAACACUGCGGGAGCUGUGACUGGCCCGAAGGACUGAACAAUGGCAUUGCCUCUUGUCUUCAAGCAAGAGUUUGUGGACGUGACGAAGCUUCCCUAUCCAAUCCCUACAUCACCAACGCCAAUCAACAGAACGCACAACGAUGUCGUCCAGCUCAUCAGGCAAGAGAGGCUGAAAGAGGCCAAGAGUGUGGUGCGAACGCAGCACUGGUCCAUAGACCACCCAAGUCGAGGCGAGCUGUGGCUGAGGUUGUGCCAGCACCACUGCAAGGGCCAGCUGGCAGAGGGCUACUACCAGCGCACAGUGAAGGAGUCCUUGGGGAGACUGUGGCCCAUGAACCUGCCCGCAUUUGCCGACCCAAUUUUCUGCGAGGACUACUUGCUGUCGCCUGAGGGGCAGAAGCACGUCGAGCGGGUCCUCUACAUUGUGUCCAUCAGCCACCCGUACAUCACCUACUGUCCACUCUUGCACCCCGUCACGUCUCUGCUCCUCCACUAUCUGUCCGAGGAACAGGCUUACGAGUGCGUGUGUUCCUUGAUCGAGAGUACAACAGUGCGGCACCUGAGCCAGACCCGGCUGAUGCACGACACCUCGGCCUACACGCUCAUGCAACUGACAAAGCGCCUAGCAAAGAAGACCUAUUCGCGACUGCUGCGCAAAGUUCAACAGGAGGAAGACCUGGAGAAGAUCUUCCACACCUGGGAGCUUUGGAUAUUCCGUGGGCUGCCCUUCUACCACCUGGUGCGCUCCAUGGACUGCUUUUUGCUCGAGGGUGUGCGUGCUCUUUACCGCAUCGCAAUGACCAUCCUCAUCCUCUUCACCCAGGAUUUGUCCCUGGAAGACCCAUCUGGAGACUCCACAUCCGACACGGGCAACUUCCUCGACAGGAUCAUAGUGUUCUGCAAGCAAAUACCCUACAACGUUGACCGGUUCCUCAAAACUGCCUACAACAUUCAGGGCUUCAGUGCAAAGUUGCUGAAUCAGCAGCUGCUCAAGUCCGAGAUGUACAUCCGAAGCUGCUCAAGUGGACGUCUGCGGGCAGCGUCGGAGAGUGGCCCCCCAGGCUCCUGCUACCACCUGGAUGUGUCUUCUGCCUGCCUGUCCGUCAAGGGGAGCACGAACAAAGCCAUGCGGGCCAUGUCUGUCGGCAUCAUCCCUCUGGCCAAUUUCCGAUCGGAAGUGCUCAGCUCUGAGCAGAUGGCCCUCGUGUGGAGCUGGCUGCCUGCACGCAUCACCAUGCUGCAGCCAGAGGUGAUUUACUCGACCAACGAGCACGGCAGCAGUCUGACAAACUUCUUCUUCCACACGGACACGUGGGAGCCCACGCUGCUGGCAGUGCUGACGACGCGUGACGAGCGCUUUGGUGCCUACUGCUCAACUCGGUGGCAGGAGCGCACCAAGACUUACUUUGGCACCGGCGAGACCUUCCUCUUCACAUUCGUACCCGAGCCACAGCGAUUCGCCUGGGUUGGCGUGGGCUCCAGUCGGGAUGUGCCUCACUCAUCCCAUCUGUUCAUUUCGGCCAACCAGCACAUGAUCCAGAUUGGAGGAGGGAGCGGAAUGGGGCUGUACAUAGACGAGUCCUUGGAGAAUGGUCGCACCGAGCGUUGCGACACUUUCAACAACAGCCCACUGGCCAGCAGUAAUGACUUUGUCGUGCGCAUUUUGGAGGUCAUCGGCUUCGCCUGAUUCCUGCUUUAGACCUUUCAUUCUUAGCAUCCUUUGUUAACGACCCGUGGCAUUUUAUCACUCUUGUUGCCAUUUCAGUCAUUUUUAUGAACGUUUCUUCACUGUGUGACCUGAUCGUGAGUGGCCACAACAUGCUAUUCUAGCAUCAAAACAUUAGUAGCUCAAGAGGUCUCUUUGUUUUGGAGGCACGUCUCAUUAACGUCUUUAGUCCACCCCGAGUCAAUUGCAGGCUCUUGGACGCUGCCUGUGAUCGCCUUCCUGAGUCAUAUUCUCAUGUGUCCCUAUUUAUGCUACGUAGUGUGCAUUUUGCUCGGAUAUAUUAGUGCAUUCUCAUUUUGCUUAGGUGUAUAUUAAGAAAAGGUGCACAUUCCAAGAAUGGGUUCUGACUGCACAAUCUAUUGUGUGUUUCGGCGUAAACUUGUUGUGUAGUCCCCAGUCUAAUCCUAUGCAUGAUUUAUAUACGGUGCUUGUGCUCUACACAACCCUCAAGUCUACAAACCUGUUGUUUGUUCCACCUGCUUACAACAAUAGACUGUGCCUUUUUCGAAAUAAGGAGUCACAAAAUCGUAGUUUGAUGUGUGUGUAUAUACUGUGCCAUGUUUUAUGAUGCUUGACGUCUACUACGUUGUGCUUGACGUGAUGCUGGAUAUCGAAAAAUGUAUACAACAAUAAAUGUUUUGCGUAACGAGGA